CAAAUAUCGAAAAGGAAUCUUUUCUGUUUCACCUACACAUAAGCUUGAUUUAUUCCCGCCAACAUGCAAAAUCAGCGAGCCAAAACUAGGGUUUGUGAAUUUUCACUCAGAGUCACAAGCACAAACCGAAACCACAACUUAUCAGUAGCAGUGGUGUCAGACUAACAGCUGAACCAUUUCCAUGGCGGAGCUUACUCAGAUCGCCGAUCUUCUCAACCAGACACUCAGCCCCGAUGCCAACGCCGUUCGUGCCGCCACCGAUGCUCUCGAUCGACUCUGCCUCACUUCUAACUUCCCCUUCUACCUCCUUUCAAUUUCAACUCGAGGAGAAGAUCAAGGUCAGAAGGUUGCUGCUGCUACUUACCUGAAGAAUUUCACGCGCCGGAACAUGGAUAGCAGUAGCGCGGCCACGAUUUCUAGUGUCGGCAAGGAGUUCAAGGAGCAGCUGAUGCAAGCUCUGCUUCAGGCCGAGUUCCACAUUCUGAAGAUUUUGGUUGAAGUGUUCCAGUCGGUUGCGGUUGCUGAGUUUGUUAAGCAGAAUUCGUGGCCGGAGCUUGUGCCUUAUCUGCAGUCUGCUAUUCAGAAUAGCAAUCUCAUCAAUGGUUCAAGCUCUGCAUGUAGCACAGUCAAUGCACUUGUAGUUCUUCAUGCUCUUCUUAGACCUUUUCAGUAUUUUUUGAAUCCUAAAGUACCAAAGGAGCCUGUACCACUGCAGCUGGAGCUUAUAGCGAAAGAAAUUCUUGUGCCUUUGCUUUCUAUAUUUCAUCAGUUUGUUGGAAAGGCUUUAGCUACCCUUGACAGAGCAGAAAUAGAAACUGAGAAAGUUCUUCUCACUGUAUGCAAAUGCCUACAUUUUGCAGUAAAGUCUUACAUGCCACCGACUUUAAUUCCUCUUCUUCCUUCAUUCUGUUGUGACCUGAUUGCCAUUCUGGGUUCGUUGAGAUUUGAUGAUCUGGUAGCUGAAGAAGAUGUAUAUUUCACAAGAUUGAAGACUGGAAAAAGAAGUCUGCUUAUUUUUUCUGCACUUGUCACUAGGCACAGAAAACAUUCUGAUAAGUUGAUGCCACAAAUGAUAAGUUGUGUUCUUAACAUUGUCAAAUAUAGCAAAAAUACCAGUAAACUUCCUUUCCUGUCUGAGAGGGUUCUUUCUUUAGGUUUUGAUGUAAUUUCAAAUGUACUGGAGACUGGACCGGGAUGGCGGUUAGUUUCUCCACAUUUUACAACUCUAUUGGAAUCUGCAAUUUUUCCAGCAUUAGUAAUGAAUGAGAAGGAUAUAUCAGAGUGGGAAGAAGACGCAGAUGAGUAUAUACGGAAGAAUCUUCCUUCAGAUAUUGACGAAAUUUCUGGAUGGAGAGAUGAUUUAUUCACUGCCAGAAAAAGUGCAAUAAACUUGCUUGGUGUAAUCUCGAUGUCAAAGGGGCCACCUACGGAGAGUGCUGCUGAUGCUUUAUCAGCUUCAGCCAAGCGUAAGAAAGGCCAAAAGAACAAAAAAAGCAAUCAACGGCGCUCCAUGGGGGAGUUGUUGGUGCUUCCAUUCUUGUCGUUGCAUCAUUACUUUGGUGUUCUGAUGGCAUAUGGUGGCCUACAAGAUUUUCUGAGGGAGCAAGAACCUGGAUAUGUAACAGCUCUGCUUCGCACAAGGAUUUUGCCACUGUAUGCAACAGCUGCCUUGGUGCCAUACCUGGUUGCAAGUGCAAACUGGGUACUAGGAGAACUAGGCUCCUGUCUACCUGAAGAGAUGAGCGCUGAUGUAUAUUCUCAAUUGCUUAUGGCAUUGGUCAUGCCAGAUAAGCAGGAUAUGUCUUGCUACCCUGUCCGGAUUUCUUCUGCUGGGGCAAUUACGACACUACUUGAUAAUGAAUACAUGCCCCCUGAUUUUCUACCUCUAGUUCAAGUAAUCAUUGGCAACAUUGGAAAUGAUGAGAGUGAGAGCUCCAUCUUAUUACAACUUCUCAGUUCUGUCAUGGAAGCUGGAGAUGAGGAAUUAGCUAUCCAUAUCCCACAUAUUGUCUCAUCAUUAGUUGGUCCCAUCUCAAAGUGGUUAAUACCUAAUCCGGAGCCUUGGCCUCAAGUGGUUGAGCGUGCAAUUGCUGCUCUAGCAGUUAUUGGUCAGACUUGGGAGGACUGCAGACGUGAAGAAUCUGAGUCAAUUGAUUCUACUGAGGAUCAACAGGAUCAGCAUUCUCCCCCUUCAUCAUGCAUAGAAGAUUCCUCAACUAUGCUAAAGUCUGUCAUGCUUUCUAUUAAUGGAAAUGACAUGAUUGAAGAGCUUAAAGUGUCAGAGCUGCUGUUGGUUUGGGCUGAAAUGAUUGCAGAGUGGCAUGCAUGGGAAGAAUCAGAGGAUUUGUCCAUUUUUGAUGUGAUUAAGGAAGCUGUGUAUUUAGCUCGUAAGUAUAGGCUGAAAAACUUCAUUGUGAAAGAUAUGCCAUCUCCUCCAGCUCCCCCUGUGCCUGAACGUUCAAUCAUAGAAGGCAUUGGCACUUUCAUCAGCGAGGCCAUUAAGCAAUAUCCAUCUGCAACAUUGAGAGCUUGUUCAUGUGUGCAUAUAUUACUACAUUGUCCAAGCUACUCACUUGAAACUGAAGGUGUAAAGCAGUCAUUGGCUACUUCUUUUAGUCGAGCAGCCUUCUCUCGCUUUAGAGAAGUUAAGGGCAACCCUGGUUCACUUUGGAAGCCUCUAUUGCUUGCUAUAUCUUCAUGCUAUUUGUGUUAUCCCGAUAUUGUUGAAGGUGUUCUGGAGAAGAGUGAAGAGGGAGGCCUCAAAAUUUGGGCAUCUUCUUUGUGUCAUCUAUCCAAUAGCUCCUUUGAGGCAGGUCUGACAGCCGAGUCCGAGAUGAAGUUGAUUGUGAUGACGCUGGCCCAAUUGAUUGAGCAACUACUGAGAAAAGGGAAGUCAGGUGUUGAUUCAAUUCAAAGCUGCUUUACUUUUCUGUUGGAAGUAUUUAUACGACUGAAAGAGGUGCGUGACGGGAAAGAAGAUGACCCAGAGGAAGAAGUGGCUGAAAAUGAUGAGGAAAACAAUGAGGAUGAGGCCAGUGAUGAUGAUGACUCUGAAGAUUAUGAUGAGGACUCUGACGAUGAGGAAUACGAAGAAACAGAAGAAGAAUUUCUUGAUAGGUAUGCUAAAGCUGCUGAGGCAUUAGAAAAUGGUUCAACUAUUGAAGAGGGGGAUGAUGAAGAUCAAGAAGUGGAGAUGGAAUUAGGUCCAUUAGGUGAUGUUGAUGAGCACGACAUUGUGUUAUCCUUGAUAGACAAAUAUCGGCAUAUACUCAUAGAUGGACAAAGUUUUCCCUCGAAUGUGAUCGUGAAUUUUCUGAAUGCCUUCCCCGAAUUUAGUUUGUAUUUCCAGCAAUAUAGAUAACUGGGAUAAGUAUGGUUUGUAUCAUGUAUUGCUGUUGUGUGUAAAUGAGUUUCUUCUUAAGAAAAGUCAGGGUUUUGAACUGUGUUGUAUAAAAUACGUUACAAUUUUAUUUAUAUUAUUAUUCGUAUAAUUAUUCCUUUAACUGGGGAAAAGGGCAGCGGGAUAUUUACCAUGUCCAGAUUUGAGAGUCGAAGCAUCCAGCAAUUGGAAAACGUAUAUUAUUGAAGAAAAUUUCCUCUUUUGUGUA